AUGCUUAGGAAUCCUGCUCUCAAGACCGUCCACGCCGCCACACAAAGCUUCGUGACCAGCCAGGUCAGGAAUUACAGCAGGCGUGCUCUGACCACCCUCGCUGCCUUCCCUGACUUGCGUAUGGAAACUAUGGUCCAGACAACAACAAAGCACGGUAUGGAUGUCAUCCACGAUCCUCUCCUCUCCAAGGGUACCGCCUUCUCCCUUUCCGAGCGUGAGCGUCUCGGCAUUCGUGGCCUCGUCCCCCCAAGAACACAGGAGAUGGACAAGCAGCUCCAGCGUAUCAUCCGCAACUUGCGCGAGUGCAGGACACCUCUCGAAAAGUUCAUCUUCAUGACCGCACUCCAGGAUCGCAAUGAGACUCUCUACUACCGCCUCUUGAUUGACAAGUUGGAGGAGCUCUCUCAAAUCAUCUACACGCCCACAGUCGGAGAGGCUUGCCAACGUUUCCACUCUAUCUACCGCCGCUCAAGAGGAAUGUACUUCAGCACGCUCGACCGUGGCCAGAUGGCUGCCAUGGUCCACAACUGGCCCCACGAUCAGGUCGACGUCAUCGUCGUUACUGAUGGUUCCCGCGUUCUCGGUCUUGGUGACUUGGGUGCCAACGGCAUGCAGAUCCCCAUCGGAAAGCUCUCUUUGUACGUUGCUGGAGGUGGAAUUCGUCCUACAUCCAUCUUGCCUGUCGUUCUCGAUGUUGGCACAAACAACGAGUCCCUCUUGGACGAUCCCCUCUACCUCGGAAUGGGUCACCGCCGCUUGGAAGGCGAUGAGUACUACUCCUUCGUCGAUGAGUGGGUCCACGCCAUCCAGAACAGAUAUCCAAACGCCUUGAUCCAGUUCGAGGACUUCAAAUACCCCCACGCCUACAAUCUUCUCCACAAGUACCAGGACAAGAUCUGCUGUUUCAACGAUGAUAUCCAAUCGACCUCUGCCGUCGCUUUGGCUGGUGUUCUCGCCGCCUUGAAGGCCCGUGGAAAGUCGAUCGACAACUUGAACGAGGAGCGCAUCAUUUGCGUCGGAGCUGGCAGUGCCGGUGUUGGUGUCUGCGAAGGUAUCAUUGACUGUAUGGUCGAGCAGGGCAAGGUCAAGUCCCGCGAGGAGGCUUACAGCAAAAUCUGGAUGUUGGACCAACACGGGCUCAUUGGAAACUCCCAGCUCGGAGCCACUGAUGGAACAGCCCCCGCACCCAUUGGUUUGGGCGAUCGCGCCAGCUUGGAUGAGCGCCAGCUCUGCUACAUCAAGAAGGACAUGAAGGAUCGCAUGAGCCUCGAGGAGGUUGUUAAGGCCAUCAAGCCUACCGUCAUGUUGGGUCUCUCUGGUGCCCCUGGUGUCUUCACCGAGGGUGCUGUCCGCGCCAUGGCUGACGGUGUUGAAAAGCCCGUUGUCUUCCCCCUUUCCAACCCCACCCACCAGUCUGAGUGCACUGCUGAGCAGGCCUUUGAGUGGACUGACGGACGUGCCAUCUUUGCCAGUGGAUCUCCCUUCAAGGAUGUCGAGUACAAGGGCAAGACGUGCAAGGUCAACCAGAUCAACAACGCCAUGUCCUUCCCUGGUCUCGGUCUCGGUAUCACCGUCUCGCGUUCUUCGCGUGUCACUGGAAAAAUGUUUAUGGAGACUGCUAUUACUAUUGCCAACAUGGCCUCGGAGGAGCAGCUCAAGAGCGGGGUCCUCUUCCCCGGUGUGGGUCAGCUUCGUGAGGUCUCGAAGGAGGUCGCCGCCAAGGUCUGCGAGGUUGCCUAUGAGCAGGGCCUUGCCCGCGCCAACUUGACCCCAGGCUCGAACUUGAAGACUGUUAUUGAGGAGUCUAUGUGGAACCCCAGUUAUGUCAGCUUGAUUCGUCUUGCUGACCAUUAA